UCCCCAAGAAGGAUGCUAUAAGUUACCAACAACUAUUAUCCAUCUGUAUCAGACCCCUAGAGUAUUUCUCUGCGUCUGCAUUCUCAGUCAUCUUUCUCAUUCCAGGCCCAAGUUUCUACAGCUAAUCGCCGCUUGCAACCAUCAGAAUGGCUCCUUACUUCACCAUCUUUGUUACAAUGAUUUCCUUGCUCUCGCUUGGGAUAGUAAGAGCUGCCGUCGUGCGAGUAGACGAUCAUGUUGUUCUGAACGGCACCACCCUCGUGUACGACCCCGUCGAGGGCUUCAACGAUACCACUCGCGAUUUAGCAUGGCAGGCCAACUACUUCCUAAGCUUGGAUCUUUUGGCUAUUAACGCUUUGUACCAAGAAGCGAACGCAGGCAUCUCUCAAAGGGAUCUCCAGCCAAGGGAUGGUCCUACAUGUCUCGCCUGCAUGGUCGUCCAGCUGGCCAAUGGUGCUGCAAACUCUAGAUUGGAUGCUUAUAACAUUUGUCGGAGUACUACUCCCUCCUGCGACACUAUAACGCUCAUUUCUCUGAUGAGUCAUAUAAAAUCAUAUUGGUUAUUGGCAGGCAUAGGAGCAUACCAAGCUGGAGUCUAUGCUUUCGAUGUUUGGAGCCGGUUUGGCUGGUGAUAACCGCUAGCAUAGCAGAGGCAAUAGUGGUAGUAAACCUAAACAGCCUGAUAGUUAGGACUUCCAUAGUCAGAACCGGAUUCGUUCCGGCAUUGGUUUCCAUUAGGGCAUGGUCAGAUGGGGAUCCAAUUCACGGGGGGGUAUACUAAGUUCUCGGGGGGGAGGGGGGGUAUCUAGCCUGUAGAGUAAGAGUUCAGAGGGUGUAAAAGAGUUAUAUAUUGUGGGUGAGCAACGAGGCAAUAUCCAUUGAUAUUGGUGAUGUGUAGCUAGAGGAAAAGGACUACUGGCUGGCAAGGUGAAGAGGCUGGAUAUCUAGCUAGCAGUGGCCACGUGACCAGACCAACA